GAAAGCAAACGACAUCAGAACGAACUCAGUAAUUAUUUAACUUUUAACGGCGUAUUAAGGCAGCCGCUGAGAUGGCUCUCACCAAACCUGUUAGGUCUUGCAUGUUGCAGAACAUGUACCGUUGUGUGAUUAUUUUUUUGAGUUUGACGACGCUAUCUCUUCCAGUAUCAGCGUUCCACUGGAACAAAGAACCUACAACUGUUAAAGGAAUACUCGGUGAAAACGUUACACUUGAAUGGAAUUUUACCAUUUCAUCCGCCAACGAAACUUUGGACAGUUUUGUUUUGUUGCGAUCCUCCUCAGAUGAUAUGAUUAAAUAUAGUCACGGCAAGGGUAUAGUGAUCUACCAAAAAUUUAAAGGGAAGGUGGCGAUGUUGGCCGCUGGAACUCCGACAUUUUUAUUAAUCAACUUACAGAGAGAGGACGACAAAGCUGACUUUUGCUUGAAGGUCUCCACAAAGAUCCCAUCCAAGUCAACAAAUGACGAUGGAAUUAUUCAUUUGCCUAACCCCAGAUGCGCUAAAAUUGAAAUCUUGGAACGUCCCACAAUUGUUAACAUCUCGAAAAACUCCACCUGGACAUCCACUGAGGGAGACGAUUUGAUCAUCACCUGCCAUACAACUGGCAUACCAACUCCUAAUGUUACGUGGACAAGAUCAGGCAAGAAAGCCAAAAACUUUGGACCAUCAUCUUCCUUAACAUUAAAAAAUAUAACCAGAGAAGAGGACGGCUUAUACUGGUGCAUGGCAGAUAAUGGUCUCAGUACAGCCACAGCUUCUGUCAGGGUCAUCGUUAAAUUUCCACCGUCAAUAGAGUAUAUUACCAAUGAUACCAAUGUGAAUGAGACUGAUGAUGUCACUCUGUUCUGUAACUCAACUGGAAACCCUGUUCCAAAAAUUACGUGGGUAUUUGGCUUGGAUGGGAGGAUCAUUGGAACUCAAGAAACUUUAACCUUGUCUCAUGUCAAGAGAAACCAAUCCGGAACGUACUGGUGUAGUGCAGCCAAUGGUGUGAAGAGACCAAGGAACGACAGCGUGCGUGUGACGAUAAACUAUCCCCCAAGCAUUGACACCAAACCCAUCAGUCAAGCAGUUAAUGAGUCUGAUAACCUGAGGCUUUUCUGUAACGCCACUGGGCAUCCGACUCCUCAAAUCACGUGGUUCAAGAAAACGGACUCUUUAGUGCCACUCACAGUUGGCACAGCCCUCAACGUGACGAAUAUGAGCAGAACUGAUUCUGGAGUUUACAAGUGCAGAGCCAGUAAUGGAAUUGGAACUGACGCUUUCGCUUCAGCCAAUGUUACAGUCAAUAGUAAACCAAUUGAGACCCGUUUCAAAUCAAAUGUUACGAGAGACACAACAAUCCGAGGCCUAUCGGUAACCUUUCUCUGUAAUUCAAACAGUGUACCGCCUCCAGCGCUCGAGUUACGUUUCAAGAACACAUCACUAGGCCUCUUCAGUGGUGGAAUGUUCACCAUUGAACGCGUCAAUGCCUCGGACGAAGGAAUGUACCAGUGUGUGCCACAUAACGUCCUGGGAACUGGACAAAUAGCGACUCUAUACCUAACUGUAGCAGUUCCACCAUCAUUUGAGUAUACAUCCAAUGACACCACAGUCAAGGAAAAUGAUGACAUUGUGUUGUUCUGCAAUUCCACCGGACAUCCUCCUCCAAACAUAACGUGGACAUUUUUAAGCGGAUCUGAAGCAAGAAUUGUUGGACAUGAACAAUAUCUUACCUUGUCCAAUGUCAGCAGAACCCAAGCAGGAACGUAUCAGUGUACUGCAUCCAAUACUGCGACGACUUCUAAGACAACCACAAUACAAGUUACAGUAAACUAUAAACCCGAGAUCAAAUAUACAGUUCACACGACGAUUUACACCUGGAUUAACCACCAAACCAAAGUGACGUGUGCGGUGGAUGGUGUUCCAAGCCCGAAUAUCACCUUCACCCAGGCUGGAAAGGUGCUGCAUUCUACGCUGCCUGAAAAUGGCACUAGUGAGCUUCUACUUAAACCCAAGAGUACCGCUGAUUUUGGCGACUACACUUGUACAGCAAAAAAUCAUCUUGGUUCUGUGAAAAAGAUCAUUAAAAUAAAGCAUUUAGUUGUACCAGCAGCACCAGAGGGACUGGAGAUUGAUACAAGACUUCAUAGCAUAGAAAUUCACUGGAAGGCACUAGACUCCACUCCUGAUAGUCCUGUUAUAGAUUACCUGGUAAUUGUAGCAAUGAGGGGUGAGCCAGAAAGUCAAAAAAACUGCACUCGAGUCCACACGGGUCAACGGCAACUUAUGUGUGCUGUAAACGAUCUGGAGAGUGGAACUGUGUAUAACGUGAGGGUUGCAGCCCGGAACAGGGUGGGUUACGGUGAGUUCACAGAAAAAGAAGUCCAGACAGGGGUAGAAGCUAAACCCACAACCAAUUUGAACACAGCAAAGAAAGAAUUCCAGGAGCAAUAUCAGGAAGAACAGUUAUCCAACGCAGUCGUUGAUGGCAUUAUUGCGGGAGUUCUUUUUUUCUGCAGUCUGGUGGUGGUAAUUUUUGCGAUUGUCAAAUAUAGGCGGCCCUGUCAUCUAGUAUGCAAGAAGACAAGCCAGGACUUAAGCUCUGAGGAGUGCAACAUGGGGCAUGACAAUCCAGGGCUGAGUGCCGAAAACCCAGGAGCAGUUGAGAUAGAUGAACAAGUGUGAAGUUCAUGGUCUGCAUCAGUCAGCCCUCUCAUGGCUGAGGAUGCUAAGGAUGUAGGGGGGAGGGGGCGGGAUGCUAAGGAUGUACUAUCGUUUCGAUAUAUGAGACUAGUCGUUACUUAUUGCCUGAGAGGCAGGGGGGGUCAUUAAGAGGAUUUUGAUUGUGUAACGAUAAUAUCUUCUGUAAUAUUCCUACGAACCCCCCCUCCCCUCAUUGGCAGUUAAUUGGCAGUUAAUUUUCCAUGGUCCUCCCUUUAUAUUCUGUCGGCGGCGACUGAUCCCCCUCUGUUCCCCUUCAAAACGAUGUGACCCCCCCCCCUCCCCCUCCAGGUUAUAAAUGACGAGUGGCCCCUGAAGAAAGGUUGUGAAAAUGCGUAUGGAUGCCCCCCCCAUGGCGGGCGUUAAACACGUUGUUUGUACGUCACUUACAUCUCCUUGUUGUAGGAGUCGAGUGUUAACUACUUAUUUCUGUAUAACUAUUUAACGGCUUGUAUUUUCAUAGAUAUUAGUGUACCGUCAUCUUUUGAGGGAUCAAGAUUAAAGUAUUUAUAGUUUGUGUGUGUCAUGUUACUUUCAGUUAACACUAGUUACUUUGUUUGUUUCCAGAAAAGGAAAGAAUAAAAAGAAAGAAAGAACUA